AUGGCGACCAACUCAGCGCUUACGACGGUACCGCCAAUAUUCAGCUUGCCGGAUGAGCUCCUUCAGCUCAUUGUCGCAUAUCUACCACCCGACGAGACCGUAGCCUUCGGCAAAGUAUCCAAGCGGAGCAACAAGAUCACCUAUGAACCACUUGUAUGGAGAAGACAUUGCAUAGAGCGGUGGAAAUAUUGGGAGAGCCAUCAUGGACUAGCAGAAAGGCUAGAUGCGCCACCAGCGCAGACGAAAUGGCAACAGCUGUACUACGAGAGGUCGAAAAUCGAUCAUGAAGUCGUACAAACCUUCAACGAACUGCUCACCACGCAGCAGUUUCGCUAUGAACGAAUGGAGACAAUAGCCCAACAUGGAUACGAUAUCAAAGACCUUAUGAUGGCUCAGCGUGAUCAGACUUCAGACGAUGCCGAAGACGUACUCUGCAGACGGUACUUCGCGGAUGCCGUACUUGGGCAGAUCCAUCGUACUACAGCUCUAGAAAAGUGGCAAAGGCUACAUGAUAGGCAGAUGGUGCAAUUAGAAGAAGUAUUGGGCUCCUACGACCUGUUCGUGCUCAGCGAUAAAAAAGGCGAUCUAAGCGAUAUUGAUCGCGAACUGGAUCGCCUGGCGCAAUGCAUCCGCGACGCGGAUCCCGAGUUCGACGACCUCUCCAUUCGAAUGAAGGCACUAUGCAUUGCAAGAUACUUAAGAUCCGAAAAUCUGGUAGGCAAUACGAACCAAGAAGACUAUCACGCAUUGCGAAACAACUUUCUGUCUUGGGCUCUUUUCGAAGAGCCUCACACAUCCCUGCCUUUGCAAUCCGUGGCCAUCUACUGCGCUGUCGCGCGCCGGCUCGAGGUCAAUGCCAGACCUUCCAAUUAUCCGCAGCAUGUUCAUGCAGUCAUCGAAGCUCCACAGAAUCUCACCCUUGAUGGAAAGCACAAGCUCUUCGUCCAAGAUGCUGAGCCAGAGCUGAUGCACAUGGACCCAUGGCGAACGGAUGAAGAAGUAUCCCAGGAUCAACUGCGCCUGCGACUCUUGCAGAUGGGUGUGCCAAGCACACAACACAUGCAUCAUUUAGGCGCCAGUUCGACUAUUGAGAUGGCGCUUCGCACCGGGCGCAACAUCAUGACCUCCGUACAAGAGGCUCGAGAGCGCCAACGUAAUACAUCGUCUCGUAACCGAGGUCCAGACAUCGAAGCCGCAUGGUACAGCAUGCUUUGGUCCAUGCUUGUGCUCGGUAGUUCCAACGCUGCCUCUGACCUUCACAGACGACGGCAAUGUCUGCCGUACCUCAUCGAGCACUUCCAAAAGCACUAUCCGGAAGACAUCAACUUGGUGGAGAAGCACAUUCCUUCCAUGUUUGAGGGAGAGCGCGAACACACUAUUCUUCUACACCUAAUCACGACAGCGCGUAAAGCAGACCAAAACAAGAAAGCUCCAUCGCCACGAGAUAAGAGUACGGAGAAUGUCGCGUACAAAAUUGGGCACCACUUCAGACACAAGAGGUACGGGUAUGAGGGCGUUAUCAUUGGGUGGAACAUGCGCUGCACAGCGGAACAAAGAUGGAUCGAGCAGAUGCGAGUCGAUGAUCUACCGCGAGGCAGAGAGCAGCCUUUCUACAAUGCAGUGGCCAACGACAAGAGCACCCGCUACGUUGCGGAGGAGAACAUCGAAGUGUGCAAAGUGGGCGAAAAGCCGAGCGAAGAGCUACUGAGGCUGGCCGGUCGCUAUUUCAAAAGAUGGGAUGCCGAGCACAACAUCUUCGUGUCAAACAUCAAGGACGAGUUCCCAGACGAUUAA